AUGGGUAAUACAUUAGGUAUUGAAUGCUCAUUUAACUAUGUUCAUGUAACAACUGUAUUGAUUAAUAAAAAGUUAAUAAAGGAAAGUAAUAAUGAUAGUAAGAAUGAAAAAGAUAUACGGGAAGAAAAGGAAAAAAAAUUGCCUAAGAAUGUUAGUAUUCCAAGUAAUGACAAUAAAUUAAAUAUGAAUGUGCAUUUAUCUUGGUUAAAAGAAAAAUACAAAAAGGAAUAUAUUAACUUGGAAGAAGAUGUAUCAAAAUCUGAUGAAUAUAAUAACUGUGAUGACGAUUAUAUUAAAAUGAAAAAGAAUACUUUUUCUUACAUUUUGGAUAUGCAACACAUUAUUGAUAGUGAUGUUCAAGUGUUUAGUUUAAAAAAGAAUAGUGAAAAAAAUGUACACACACAUAUAUCUAUAAAUGAGUUAUAUAAAUGUUUUCAUGAAGAUGAUAACCUUGAAAAAAAAUUUAUUAAAUAUCUUAAUUUUGUAAAAUAUCACAAGUUGGAUAUUUCUCAAAUUGAUACUGUAAAUAUUCAGCAUUUAUAUGAUGAUGAAAUAGCUGAAAUUUAUUUUUGGUCAUUUAAAUUAAAAUAUUUAGACGAAUGCAUAUUGAAAUAUUAUAAAAAGAAUAUAAAUUAUAUGUUUAUAAAUGUAACGGGGAAAAAUAAAAAUCUUAUUAAAAAGAAAUUUCUUCAAAUAACAGGUAAAAAUAAUAUAUUCCAGCAUAAUGAAAUAAAAUGUAUAAAUAAUUCAAUAUGUUUCCUAAAAAGGUUUAUGCCAACUAAUUUAUAUUAUUUUACAAAAUAUAAUGAAGAAAAUGAAAGAGCUAGCUGUACUAGCCAAAAUGACGAAGACGACGAAAAGAAAAAAAAAAAAAAAAAUUUAUUAUAUCAAUCGUUCAUAAAUAAAGAAGAGGUUAGUGAAAUAAAAUCUUAUGUAAUAGUGAAUAUGAAACGAGCUGUUUGUUAUCAUUUAGUUAAUGAACAAAAUUUGAUAGAAAGAAUAGGAACGUUAUAUGUAGGAUUUAGAACUGUUAUGGGACUUUUCUUAUUAAUUACAGGUAGGCCUUGCUCUUUACAAAGAAUAUGCCAGCUAGCGAAAAAUGGAACAAACAGAACUUUUGACAUGACCGUUCAGGAUAUAUAUGGAACGUCCUAUUCAAAUGCAGGUUUAUGUAAAGAUUUAACGGCUUCCUUUUUUGGUAAUGCUCAGCAUAUAGAAAAUGUGAAGAAUAUUUUGAAUACAUAUGAUGAGGAGAAAAAUAUUAAUAUAAAAGAAGAAGAUGACAAAUUAAUGAAUGUUUAUGAAUAUGAGAAUGAGAGUUCAUGUUAUGAGAAUGUAAGCAGUUGUAUGAGUACAGAAAUUAGUGAAUGUCAGGAAAUUUUUGAAACGGAAGAAUGUAUUGGUUUUGAGGUUGAGAAGAAUAACAUUAAUUAUUAUAGGAAUAAAUAUUCCUUCUUAAGUAAAGAUAAAACAAAAAAAUUGUUAGUAUCAAAUAAGAAUUUUAAUGUAUAUGAUAAUUGCAAAAUUCCCAUUUUUAAUUUUAAUAGUGAUUCUUAUUGUAAUUACAUGAAUAGUUUUAAAAGUAAAGAAAAAUUAUUUAAGCAUAAUAUUGAAGAGCAACAAAAACAAGAAGAAGGAUACAAACAAAAAGAAGAUGAUAAUUUUCUUAUGAAUGAUAUAGAUAAUUAUUUAUCAAUAAAACAUAGUUUAAGUGAUAAUGAAAUAAAUAUGUAUGAAUAUCAUAGAAAAAACUAUAAUUUAAAAAAAAGUUUUUUAAAAAAAUUAUUUAAAAAGCAAUAUCUAAAUGAGAAUGGUAAAAUUAUACAUAAUAUAAAUUUGUCAAUUCAGAAAGAAGUCAGUUCAUUUAUAUUGAAAAAUAAAAAAAGGUUUUCAUAUAAAACAUAUGAUAAACAAAUAGUCAAAAAAGCGUGUAAAAGUAUUACUCUAAAAAAUGUAUGUUCUGAAACAAAUAAAAACAAAAUGGAUAGUAAUUUAAAGGAUAAAACCAUAGUAAAAUACAACACCAAAAUGUGUGAUUUAUCCAGAUCCUUAUUAUCAAUGGCUAUAUUUACGACAGUUUAUUUGUCGUAUAUUCAUUGUAAUUUAUAUAAUGCUGAUCACAUAUUUUUUACAGGAUAUAAUUUUGAAGAUGAUGUAUGCAAAGAACUUUUUCAAAUUAUCAUAAAAUUUUUAUCUCAUAAUAGGCAAAAAAUAUACUUUGCCAAAAUAUCUAAAUAUAUUAGUAGUUUAGGAUCAGCUAUAGAAUUAAUUAAUUGGGAACGAAUUCACAUAGACAAUUAA